AGAACUUUAACUAUUUAUUGUAUGUAUAUAAAAGUAUUUAAAUACAUACAUAUGGACAUAUACUCGUAUACGUAAAUAUACGUACAAUUUCUAUUAUAAUUGUAUCACCAAUUAAAAUUAGAUUUUCCCAUUCCGGUUCUGUUCUAAGCCUAGUGCCUAGCUCGGACUGCUUCAGUCUAAGUAACUUUUAGACUUUCCCAAGAUGUCGCUCACACACGCAGCGUUUAAAGAUGUUCGCAAACGGGAUUCAAAUGAAGAAGAGUCAGAUUCCGAGGAAUAUUAUGAUGCGUGCUCUGAUCAAUUCGAUAUGAAAACCAAUGAAACUGAUUUCAAGACAUCUUUACAGCACGCAGAAUUGGCGUUGCAGUAUUUUUUUAAUAACCAAUUUGACGAAGCACGAAAUAUUUUGCAACCAUUAGCCGAUACAAGCUUUUAUCACUCAUUGGGAUAUGCAGUAUUUUCUUUUCUUGAGGCUGUGCUAACUUUCGAAAAUGUCGAAGGUGCGUCAGCGAAAAUAAAAAAGUGUAUAGACCUUUGCCAAUUAUUCAGGAAAAAGAACACUAUAACUGAAUCCAUCACCAGCACUUUCAAGAAGAAAAACUAUUCCCAGCUGACAGACCAGGAAUGCCAUGCUGAGCUGUGUUUAGCAGAGGCUUUAUUAAUGAACGCUCUCUUAACAUUCAUUGAGGAUGAUAAUCUUAGUGGACUGAUUCGCGGUAGCCUCAAAGUACGGCAAUGCUAUAGUGGUUUCAGAGCAUGUGAGCAAAUAAUGAAGUCUCGUGUAUGGAUCUUGGACGCGGACAAGGACUCCACAAAGUUAAGGACCCAUUUUGACAGUGGAGUGUAUAUGGGAAUUGGAACGUUCAACCUUAUGAUAUCUAUAUUACCCGGACGUAUACUAAAAAUUCUUAAAUUCAUUGGAUUUUCGGGCAGCAAGAGUGCGGGCCUAGAUUAUCUAAAGAAAGGAAACCGAGAAAAAGGAUUGCGCCAGGUUCUUUGCGGAUUGUCUUUGCUUGGAUAUCAUCUUAUGGUAAUCGCUAUGCUAAGCGAUCGGCAUUCGGACUCCGAUAUACAGUUGUGCGAUGAAAUACUAACAUCCCAGCUUGCCAAAUAUCCAAAGGGAGGAUGGAUACUUUUUCUAAAGGGACGACUUGAGCUAAUCAAAGGAAAUUUAUUUGCAGCCGAGUCGUGGUAUUUAAAAUCAGUGCAUUCACAAAUCGCCUGGCCGCAACUUCAUCACUUGAGCUUUUGGGAACUUCUUUGGUUGAACAGUCUAAUGGGGAAUUGGGCAGAAGCUGAACUAUAUGCAACAUAUUUAUUGAAAAAUAGUAGUUGGUCCCGAACCAUUUACACAUAUCAUUUAGCCGCGGUGAAAUUGGCAUGUAUGCAACAGAGAAGGACCGCUGCUGGUACUGGUAGCGACCCUGAUAUAGAGGCUCUAAUGCUUGAAGUUCCCGCAUUUAGGCAGAAGAUAUCUGGGAAAUCGCUACCAAUGGAGAAGUUUAUGAUUAAGCGAGCCAUUCGUUAUGGCGCCCAAAACGGCAAUCUCGUGCUCCCGCUUAUCGAGCUAAUGUAUCAUUGGAACAUAUUUAAACUGUUUAAAGCGAACUCACUCAUCGCGGAAGGUAUUCUACAGAAAAUUAAUAAGGAGCUAGCCCUGCUCAAGGACUCCAAUGAAACUACACAAUUAUACUACGCAGACAAUCGAGCCCUUUGUCUCUUGCUUCGUGGGGCGUACUACAGGCAAAUGGAGCAACCAAAUUUAGCUCUUCAGGACUUGCAAGAUUGCUUAACACAAAGUGGAAUUAAGGAGGACCUAUUUUUAAUGCCAUAUGCUUAUGUUGAGUCCGCCCUUUGUUGCGUACCUUUAAACAAAAAUGAAGCCAUAUCCAUGCUACAGGAUACCAAGAAAAAGUUUUCGCAUUACGCUUUAGAGUCCCGACUGCACCUGAGGAUACACAUGGCGUUAAUGGAUUUAAAUGAUAAUACCGAAGGGGAAUUGUAAAAUCAGGAUUUUGAAGAUAUUAAUUUUUUUGUUACUUUUAGGCACGCGUUCCGCAUAAAUCUGUUUUGUAUUGCGCAGAGUAGGAAUCAAAGCAUAGUAUAUUGUUCAGUAAUAUUUUUGUCAUUUUAUUGUGGGAAUUGGUAAUUCCAUAUACUCGUACAUGCGAAAUUUGUUCAUAUACAUUAUUGAAUUAUAAGUAUACAUAUUUAAUUUGUAUUAUAAUGGAAAUUAAUUAAUGGUAGUCUAACCACAUAAUUAUUUUUGAUGUGUUGGUAUAGUGCUUAGUGUGCAUAGUCUGAUUAAUACUAUAACCUUUUCCUUAUUAAGUUCUCAAAUUGAUCGUACUUAAUAGAGCAGUAUAAGUUAGUUAAGAAUACAUUUAUGUUUGAUCAAUUUAACAUUCGAAAAUGCAAAAGCCUUAACUAAUCAGUACUAUGUAUAUUAACGUGUCAUUUUAACAGGCUAUUAAUUACUUAUUUUCUUAAGAGCAUUACAUUUGUGUAUAUUUCUUAUUUUAAAUGUUAGUCUUAAUUUGAAUGAAAUCAUUUUCUUCAACAUAGUAAAAAUUCAUUUUGCUGAGCACUUAGCAAGACCAAGAAAGCAAAAUCCCUUGUAUGUUUUUAUGUAGGGGUUAGGUUAGUCCUAAAGCCAAUUACACAUUAUGUAUUUACACAAGACACAUACAAACAUAUGUGUAUAUGCAUAGUGCCAAUUAACUAAAUUCACGGAAGAGAUUUUAUUUAAGUUCAAUUAAAAAUUGUAUUUUUCUUUUUUUUAUUUCUGUCCAAACUUUUGUACAUAUUUUGACUGUCAGAAAUAAAGAAUUGAUACUAAACGGAAUAACAAAAAUGGACCGUGUGAAACUGAAUUUAAGGGAUAUAUGAGUUUGUACGCAGAUAAAAGUAGAAAAAUAAAAAUCGUAGUCUAAUUUAAUAUCAAUGGCUAGUGGAGCCCCAAAAUGUAUAAUUUAAGUAUAUAUGUAUGUACAAAGCAACAACGGCCAUAUAUAUGAAAAUAUACUUUGAGGCUAAACCAAAUAAGUACAAAAAGAAAAUACGGAAAUAAAACAAUUAUUUCUAAUGCUUUUGAAAGAUCCUGGUUCCUGAAUACCUUUAAAUACAUAUUUAAUAUGUACAUCAAAUUAUUUGGGCCGACGAAAUGUAGACCAGACACUCGCUACGUAUGUAUUGAAAUUUGUAAGGUAUAUGGGCUGCU